AAGCUAAGGCGCAUAUCCUCGGUCCGGCGGACUUGUACGUGAAGACGGGCAGUGCACUAUCUUUGACGUGCAUACUCAGCCAGGGUCCUCACGAUCUGGGAACUAUAUUUUGGUAUAAGGGAUCAAAUAUUAUAGAAUAUAAGGAGGUUGAGGGGAACGAGGUUGCAAUGGAGCCGCGGAUUCGUCUUAAGACGGAAUGGACGGAACAGCUGACGUCACGGCUCACUAUAGAGAAAUUGACGCCUGGGGACAGCGGCAAUUACAGCUGCGUCCCCACCAUGGCUGAAGCAUCGUCAGUCAACGUUCAUGUUAUUAACG